AGGGCUGAGCCUGUGCCGGAAGAAGAGACGUGUCCUUCCGCCACCUGUGAGGAGAAGCCACGGGAAGCGCCUGACAGAGCCAUGGAGCUGGAGACAAUGAGCAGAUACACCAGCCCGGUGAACCCGGCUGUGUUUCCACACCUCACCGUGGUCCUGCUGGCCAUCGGCAUGUUCUUCACCGCCUGGUUCUUUGUAUAUGAAGUGACCUCGACCAAGUACACCCGGGACAUUUACAAGGAACUGCUCAUCUCUCUGGUUGCUUCACUCUUUAUGGGCUUUGGAGUACUCUUCUUACUGCUAUGGGUCGGAAUCUAUGUGUAACAAAAAGUCAGGAGCUGUCUCAGGUUCCAGCAGCCUUACUGAAGCUCUUUUUUAUUUUUGUAUGUAAUGCAGCUCUUUGCAGCUUGGGCCUGCAUAAUCUUGAUAUAUGGUUAUAGCCCAGGGUCGCAACAUCAGACCAAUAAAGCUGACUCUGAUGAGCUGAA